CUCCGGGCGGCGGCUCCUCCCCCGUGGCCGCCCGGCAGCAUGGCGGCGGCGGUGGAGACCCGCAGAGUCUGCGAGACCGCCGGCUGCAGCAGCGAGGCCAAGCUGCAGUGCCCCACCUGCCUCAAGCUGGGCAUCCAGGGCUCCUACUUCUGCUCGCAGGAAUGCUUUAAAGGAAGCUGGGCCACUCACAAGUUAUUACACAAGAAAGCAAAAGAUGAAAAAGCUAAGCGUGAAGUUUCCUCCUGGAGCCUGGAAGGCGAUGUUAACACAAAUCCCUGGUCUGGUUAUCGAUACACUGGGAAGCUCCGGCCACACUAUCCGCUGACGCCCACAAGACCUGUGCCAAGUUAUAUUCAGAGACCGGAUUAUGCUGAUCACCCACUAGGAAUGUCUGAAUCAGAACAAGCUUUAAAAGGAACCUCUCAAAUAAAAAUACUGUCAUCUGAGGAUAUAGAAGGGAUGCGAGUAGUGUGUAGGCUUGCUAGAGAAGUAUUGGAUGUUGCUGCCAUGAUGGUGAAACCAGGAGUAACUACUGAAGAAAUUGAUCAUGCUGUCCAUUUAGCUUGUAUUGCAAGGAAUUGUUAUCCUUCCCCUUUGAAUUAUUAUAAUUUCCCCAAGUCGUGUUGUACAUCAGUGAAUGAAGUGAUCUGUCAUGGAAUUCCUGACAGGAGGCCAUUGCAGGAGGGAGAUAUUGUUAAUGUGGAUAUCACUGUCUAUCGCAAUGGCUACCACGGAGAUCUGAACGAGACCUUCUAUGUCGGGGAGGUGGACGAGGGAGCCAGGAGGCUUGUCCAGACAACCUAUGAGUGCCUAAUGCAAGCCAUCGAUGCAGUAAAACCUGGUGUUCGGUACAGAGAACUGGGGAACAUAAUUCAGAAACACGCUCAAGCAAAUGGAUUUUCAGUGGUUCGGAGCUACUGCGGGCAUGGAAUCCACAAACUUUUCCAUACAGCUCCCAAUGUGCCCCAUUAUGCCAAAAACAAGGCAGUUGGAGUCAUGAAGCCAGGUCAUGUAUUUACAAUUGAGCCAAUGAUCUGUGAAGGUGGCUGGCAGGACGAGACCUGGCCCGACGGUUGGACUGCGGUGACGAGGGACGGGAAGCGCUCGGCGCAGUUUGAACACACGCUGCUGGUCACAGACACGGGCUGCGAGAUCCUGACCCGCCGCCUGGACAGCACUCGCCCCCACUUCAUGACCCAGUGAUAGUCCACACUGAGCAGGUGCAUCAGAACAAGAAAUAUAUAUCUAUUUUUUGCCCCUGUACUAUGCAUUUUUUUAAGAGUACAGAAUAGAAAGAUUUUGUUUGUUCUUGGUGAUUGUAGAUAAGAGGAAUAUCUCGAAGAACCUGACCCAAUGUCUGCAAAAGCAGAGAAGAAUUUAAAGAAUUUCCUGCUUUCCUCCUACCUACAACACUCACGCUGUACUUUCCUUUUUUCUUCAAUUAUCUCUUUAGCACCUUUCUUCCAAUUAGACCCACAAUUGCUUCUGUUGCUGCCAUGAUAUUAGCUAGAAAAGCGUGGGUAAGCUUUCCCACUGGGACUUGAUAUUUUGGGAUCCAGGUUUUUUUCACCAUUUCAGUGUGACCUGUCACUUUUGGUUUGUGAGAGGCACCUGAGAUUUUAAGCAUUUCUUAUUCCAAAGACUUGCUCUUACUUCUGCAGAUUCUAUUUUGGGCCUUGUUUGUUUCAGCUUAGAAGGGGGCAGAAGGGAGAAAGACACGCACGUACAAGAACGGGCUACCUUUAAUUCUGCCCCCAUCUCUCUGCUGGUGGUGAUUGCCACUGCGGGUGGCACACUGUGCUAAUGGCAGGAUUUGUUUCUCUUGCUGGAGAUUUGACAGGAUGGGAAGUUAACAAAGUCUGUCUUAUAUGCAACUGCCUGGAAUAAGCUGCUUUUUGGCAAAGCAGUACUUGCAGGCAGCCUCCUGUACCAAAAGCUUGGUGAAGCUGAUGUAUCAGACUUGCCUAGGUAAAGGAAUGCAACAAGAACCAAAAAGAUCCCAUGAUUCAUGGGAUCCCUACGUCUGUUAACUGUGGGGCAUUUUUAAAAAGUACAUCCACAGUAGCUGUGGGGGAUUGGAUUUGCAAGACUUACAGUGAAGUAUCUCAAAACAAGUCUGAGUGUGUGAAAAUGAAACACGUUCAACACUGUAUUCAUUUUCUUUUGGUAAUUUUUAAACGGGUCAUUUUCUUCCCCCUUGGUUGAGUGAGUUUCAGGCUUUUGGGAAGUCUUAGGGGGGCAGCUAUGAAAA